ACUCCAGUCAGUUUUCAAAACAAAAACAAAUCUGCAAAGGGAAUCGGCGGUGGUGAAAUUAAUUUUACAUAACUUCCAAAAGCAUCCCGUAACAAAAACGAAAAAAUGGGCGGUUGGGCGCUGGAGAUUGGCAAGAUGGCCCUGUACAUGACGUUCCCGGUGGCGAUGUUUCACUGGUUCAACCAGCCGGAGUACUUUGAGCGGUGGGUGACGGAAACGAAGCGGCAGAUCUUUCCGCCGGAGAACAAGGAGCACCGGGAGGCGGUCGAGAACUGCAUAAAGACGAUCCGCGAGAAGAAGGAUCGGGAGCUGUUGGCGGCGCUGGAGGAGUUGGAGAGGAAGGAGAAGCAGUAACAGGAAUUUUAGGGUUGUUGUCAGCAUGUUUCAAUGUAAAUAAUUUAGAGUAAUAAAUUCUGGAGUCUUUUUUUUUUUUUUUGGAAA